UUUGUUUGACAGAAUAAACAACUAAGAACAUGGCUGCUGCGAGUGGAACCAAUGAUUUAUCUUCAGAGAUGGAGCUGGAUGCUUUUCGGCGGCUUUUUCCUCUAUGUUUUCACGAACGACAUCUCCUUGAAUCUAUAAGGCCCGAUGGGCGCCCCCUUGGAAGAGCUAGAGACACUUCGCUUAGUCUUGGAGCUGUUGCAUCUGCUAAUGGAUCAGCUCUAGCAAAGAUAGGAUGCACUACUAUGUUGGCUGCCAUUAAAUUGGAAGUCAUGACUCCAACUGUAGAGGCACCUGAUGAAGGAUGCAUAGCCAUUGACUUUCACAUGCCUCCGAUUUGUUCUCCACUAAUUCGCCCUGGCAGGCCUGCAGAGGUGGCUCCAGUGAUAUCUAAGCAAUUAUCUGACACCAUCUUGAGUUCUGGCAUGAUUGAUCUGAAAGAGUUAUGCUUGGUCAGCGGCAAGGCUGCUUGGAUGGCCUAUCUGGACAUAUACUGUUUGGAUGCAGAUGGCGCCCUUUUUGAUGCAGCAUUGCUUUCAGCGGUGGCUGCCUUCUCACAUUUGCAAAUUCCUGUAGUCUCUCUCAAUGAUGACGGGAGAAUAGUUCUUGUGUCUGAGGAGAACGGUGGAUCAAUGAAGGAAAAGGAACCUGUCAAUAAGGAAAAGAUAAAGCUUAAGAUGAACAGUCAGCCUUUCUCCUUAACAUGUAUUCUUCACAAGAACUACAUUCUAGCAGAUCCAACCUCUGAGGAAGAGUCCAUCAUGGAAACUUACCUGACAGUUGUGCUGGAUACGAAUUAUCAGCUUGUGUCUCUCAAUAAACCAGGUGGACCAGGUUUAGCAAGCACAUCAUCGAUCCAGGAUUGCAUAGUAUUAGCACGGAAACGAGUGAAAGAACUUCAGCAGAUCUUGAGUGAAGCAAUUUCUGAUAUGGAAGUUGACUGAGUUUUUAAUGAACUGGAUUGUAGUUUGUAGUUUUCUACUAUAUUUUUUUAAAAAAUUUGAGUUUUGACAUAUUUUGCUUUUUUCUGUUGUAGCUGUAGAAGAGGAAUUCGUAACCUGAGAUUAGAAAUGAGUUCAUACGAUGCAAUGAAGUGAUUUUUGCUGUGAAGUUCUAUGAACUUCUUUAUACUGUC